AUGACCACCAAAACGGCUCCCAAACCGGGAACCACUCCAAAAGAGUUGAAAGCCAAAAGCGGUUCCAAAAAGAAGGGGAAUGCUCCAGAGCCGCCAAAGAAUGGUCCGCCAAAGACUAGCCCGACGAAUUCCAUUGAGAAGAAGGGCAUUCUGAGAAGUUUAUCUUUCCAGGUACAGUUUAUCGAAUGUCCGUCUCAGUUUUAAUUAUGUAAUCUAGUUCUCUAAUUUGACUCGUAAGAAGACCAAUGACUAUGAUUUGACUCCUGAGGAAGAUGCUACUUAUGACGACAUGGGACCAGUUCUCGGUGUUCAGUGCCAUGGAAUCCUCAUGAAAAAAUAUAAGAGAAAGAACCGACCUGCCAAGUGGGCCAAACGGUUUUUUGUGCUCAAGGAGUGUUUCCUCAUUUAUUAUGCCACUAGCCAAAAGAAAUCCUUCGAGAAGACCAGAAGGAUUGAUCUACAUCCAAAGGGAAUCAUUCCCCUUAUCGGAUGUUCCAUUGUUUCCGGUGGUGAUGUGGAUAAGAAAAACUGUCUCUUGAUUGCUCAUCCUCAGCUCCCGGCAGCUAUAAUUGUUGCUGCAUCAGAUCAUCCCACUCAAGAUAAAUGGCUGAAAGCUCUAAGAAGUGCCACGAAAAUGUGAGUUUGUGUUAGUCUAAUCUUUACACCGCCAUUUACUGUUUUGAAGUUCCUAUAAGAACACGGUCGUAGGAGAGACCAUGAUCAGAGAGCUUGAGAAUCGGGGAGUCCUUCUUAACGAAGAGAAGAAGAGCUACGAAGAACGGCUUGAGGCAGAAGCAAAAGCUAGAAAAGAGGAGCAUGACAGAGCUGAUGUAAGUGGAAAUUUGCUUUUCCGUCUAGAGUUUGUAUGGUUUUAGGAAUUGGCAAAAGACAAGGAAGAGCUGGAAGUCGAACGUGAAAAGCUGAUUAGAACUACCAAGAAGCUGAAGGAUGACUUGCAGAAUGUCAAAAAGUGGGUGAUUCUUUUUAAAAUCAUUUUUUCAUAAUAUAUUCCAGUGAGUUGAAAAUGACAAAUGAGAUGAAGAAAACGUUGGAGCAAGAGAAGAUUAGCCUCAACUCGAAGACGGAGCAUUUGCAAGCUAACAUGGAAAGCCUGAACAUCGAAAAGGAGAAGAUUCAGGAGCAACUUGCGGAGAUCGUUAAGGAACGGGAGAAAGUAUUGAUUGAUAACCAGAAUCUGUCUACGGAUAAAUGUCAACUCAAUAAUCGACUAAUGGAAAUCGAAACAUCCCGCAAUUGCAUCAUGACUGAAAAGGAAAAGAUCGAAAUGCUUUUGAAGAUGAACGAGCAGAAGACAAUUGACUUGGAAAAGGAACGACAGUACUACACUUCAAAAACUUCUGAGCUCAUGGAUAAUUUGAAAGAAGUCAGUGAGCAAAAAGAGAUGACAGAAUCUGAGCUGCGAGAGCAAAUGAUAGCAAGGAUGGGAGCAGAAAAACAGCUUCAAGCUGCCGAGAAAGCCUUGGAGCAUCUGGAAAUGGCGCUGAAAAUGACUGGUGCUCAGAUGACAGAGCUCCAGGAGCACAUUAUGCCGGAUGUUCAUAAGCUGAGAGGUAGAGUAUUGAACUUAAAAAUUGUUGACUUGUAAUCUUCAGAAUUCUUCGAACAAUGUGCUGAAGAUUCUCGAUUCGAAGCUAACCGAACUGGAAUCAUGCGGAAUGCUAUUUACGCAAGAAAGUAAGUGGACAAUAACAAUUUGACGCGGAAUUCGUCUUCCGAACUAACGAAUUCAGAAGCAUAUUUGACAUGGCUUUCUUCCAAAUGGAAGGUCAGACCUUGGAAAUCUAUGAGAAGUUUUGUGAACAAAAUUCGGAAGUUCAAAACCAAAAAGCCAUUAAGCCGAAGCCAUGGAAACAGUCUAGUUUCAAACGAUUAGGGUAUUUGAGUGCUUGCUUCUAGUGUGUCACUUUGAAUGAAAUAACCAUUUUUCCUAUAACAUUAUUAUCAAUCCACCAAGCAACUUACAACUCAUUUCCAGAUCGAUCCGUCGUUCGAAGCGUGGAAUUCGUUCAUCGUUCCGCAAAAAAGAGCAACUUCGCGAAAAGGAGCCACUGAUGCAAUUAUGA